GGAUGAGUCAUCCAGGUAGAUGAUAGGUGGAAAAGGCUCACACCCUUCAAGUCUUCCUGUAUAUAAGCACUAACAUGUUCAUGAGAGAGUAAAAGGAAGCCAGGGAAAAGGAAAGAGUUGAAAGGAAGGAAAAGGAGAGUUUGGGUGGUCUUUGAGGUAGUAGAGCAAACCUAUUUGCCAUGGGAAGGCCUCCUUGCUGUGAUAAGGUUGGCAUCAAGAAAGGGCCUUGGACUGCUGAAGAAGACAUCAUAUUGGUCUCCUAUAUCCAAGAGCAUGGGGCUGGAAACUGGAGAGCUGUCCCUACGAAUACCGGUGAAGUGUCCAAACUCCUAUAUUUUGUUUGCCUUUUUCCUCGCUCAACUCCAAUGAUCUGCUUGCUAAGAUGUAGCAAGAGUUGCAGACUCAGAUGGACCAAUUACCUCAGACCUGGAAUAAAGCGUGGCAACUUCACCCCACAUGAGCAAGGAAUUAUCAUCCAUCUUCAGGCCUUGCUUGGUAAUAGGUGGGCAGCAAUAGCUUCUUACCUUCCCCAGAGAACAGACAAUGAUAUAAAGAACUACUGGAACACCCAUCUCAAGAAGAAGUUCAAGAAGUACCAGACAGCAAUUGAUAGCUCUAUGAUCUCGUCUGAUUCAGGCGCCAGCUGCCAUGAACAAAUGUCCAAAGGCUACAGCAUGGAGGGACGAAUUAGGAUCCCAGGCCUCACUGCAUCGCACUCACCAACCUCCAGAUUCUAUCAGAGCCCCUCCACCUAUACUUCCAACACCGAGAACAUCUCAAGACUCCUUGAAGGAUGGAUGUGGUCCUUACCAAAGUCCGCACAAGACAUGCACCAACAGAGCACCAUCAUCGACAGCGAUGGCAAUGAAUCAUUACAAGGGAGUCAAGCUAAAGGUGAUCGAUGGAGCUGUGCUGCAAUAGCUAAAGACGACCAUGACUCACUGCUCUCAUUCGAGAACCUUAGCAGCAUUGCCUGGGAGAAGUCAUCAUCAUCAUCACUUCACUCGGUACUCCAAGGGACACAGCUCGCACCGGCUGAUGCUGAGGCCAAACGUGGGGUGGCGGAUGGCGCACAACAGCCUCCUUUAUCUUUGCUGGAGAAGUGGCUCCUUGAUGACACCUCAGGGCUGGUGGAUGGCCUCAUGGAACUUCCUGCUGACUGCUUCUCGAGCCCAAUGUUGUAACUGGCAUAUCAUGCCCUCUUGAUUUCUCUGCCGAGCUUUGCAUGAGUGGAAACAAAUACGAAGUAGUGCAAAAGCUGUCAGAUGACCAACUAGUACUACGAUCAGUCUAUCAUCUAAUAAAAAUUUAGAAAUAAUAGGUAUGUCAGAUGGGCUCUUGUCCCCAAAUGUAAGACAAGGAGCAAUGUUCCUGUGAGGAUUAUAUGAAAUAAGUCAUCUAUCCAGGCUUAAACUUCAUAAGA